AUGAUGGAAGCAUAUUACUAUUUCCUGCUUGCUGCUGGCUUCAUUGUCUCCGCUCUGCUCAUCAAGCACCUGAACGGCACUGAUAUCCCGCACAUCCGAGGUCUACCAGAGGCUCCUGGCGUGGCGCUAUUUGGAAAUCUACUACAGUUCGGAGAUCAGCAUCCCCGAAGAACCCUCGAAUGGGCCAAAAAGCUCGGCCCGGUCUUCCAGGCUCGGCUCGGCAACAAGAGGAUUGUCUAUGCAACGAGUUUUGAUGCCAUCAGGAAACUCUGGAUCGCCAAUCAAUCUGCGCUCAUUUCGCGGCCCGUCCUCCACACCUUUCACAAUGUUGUUUCCUCAUCUCAGAGUUUCACUAUUGGCACCUCGCCCUGGGACGAGUCGUGCAAGCGCCGACGAAAGGCCGCGGCCACUGCACUCAACCGUCGAUCUGUGCAAAGCUACAUGCCCAUAAUUGACCUCGAAUCGUGUGUGGCAGUGCGUGAUAUGCUCAAGGAUAUCCACCACGUCGGAUCUGAUAUAGACCCUCGCGUCUACUUCCAAAGGUUUGCGCUAAACACGAGCCUCACGCUAGGAUACGGAAUCCGGAUUGAUGACAAUGUGGACAACGAGCUGCUAAGAGAAGUGAUCGAGGUCGAGCGGGCAAUCAGCACCCUCAGGAGUACCAGCAAUAACUGGCAGGACUAUAUCCCUAUCCUGCGGCUGUUCUCUGGCCGAAAUGACAGGGCCAGGGAUGUCAGGGAGCGACGCGACAAGUAUCUUUCGCAUUUUCUCGGAUUGCUUAGGGCCGCCAUGGCGGAGGGGACGGAUAAGCCUUGCAUUACUGGCAACGUGCUGAAGGACCCAGAAGCAAAGCUCAGCGAAGCCGAGGUCAAGUCGAUUUGCGUGACGAUGAUCGCCGGCGGGUUGGACACGGUUCCCGGGAAUAUGGUUCUGGGAAUGGCAUAUCUGUCGUCACCCCACGGCCAGCAGAUUCAAGACAAGGCAUAUCGACUGCUGCAGUCCACCUAUCCCUGUGGCGAUGCCUGGGACAAAUGCAUCGAGGAGGAGAAAGUCGAGUUCAUAUCCGCACUGGUUAAGGAGGUCCUGCGCUACUGGACUGUCCUACCCCUAUCUCUACCCCGAAACGCAUGGGCUGCCAAUUAUGACGAAGAGCAGUUUCGCAACGCCUCGGAUUUUGUUCCCGAACGGUACAUGAACCUGCCCGAGGGAUCUGGGACGCCCCAUUAUGCAUACGGCGCCGGCUCUCGAGCGUGCCCUGGUUUCCACCUUGCAAACCGUGAGCUCUAUGCUGUCCUGGCGCGGCUGAUUCUCGCCUUUGAGAUUACCGAGGCAAGCGACGAGGCAGACCGACCGGUGCUCGAUGCCCUUGAUUGCAAUUCUGUCAAGACCAGUCUGACGACUGAGCCCAAGCCGUUCAAGGUUUGUCUCCGCCCGCGUAAUAGAGAGUUGUUGGAACAGUGGAUCGCGCAGAGCGAGCAAAAGACAAAGGAAAUUUAG